GACUGGCAACGGUAACAAAAUGACUAAUAGUUUCCUUGAGACAUGGCUGAUUUUGCUAUAUUUUUUUUUUCCUGUCUCGUACAGCUGCAUACACUGGUAUAAAAGCCUUAUGAUGGAACAUUUCGAAAAAAGCUUUCGGAAGGACAGGCUGCAUUUCAGUCCGUGGAUUCCUUUUAACAUUCCGUCCGUAUGGCUCCAAGUUGGGUUCUGAUCUUCUGGCUCCUGGCUUUAUUCAGAGUCCCAUUUUGCUUUUGUCAAGACGAGCACAUGGAGGUGAGGAGAAGAUCUAAUAAUCCCGUGACCAGAGUAGUUGAAAGUCGUCACCAGCGGAUGGGAGAUUAUGUCCCCAAGAGGGAGAUAGUAACAGAACGGAGUCUUCUUGCAGAGGCACUUGACAUUAAUUCCUCUGCCCAAAAAAUUGUGAUGAAACCAGGGGUAGAUGAUGUAGAACAAACAUCACACAGAGUCCAGACACCCCAACAACCUGACUGUAACACAUGCUGCAGAGGGGAUUUUGGAUACCGGUUACAUCAAGCUGUUGCUGGACCACCUGGGUUACCUGGACCUCCCGGCAUGCCAGGAAAUCAUGGGAAUAAUGGAAAUAAUGGGGCCACAGGACAAGACGGACCCAAGGGUGAAAAGGGAGACAGAGGUGACAUGGGCCCGAGAGGGGAACGCGGUAAUUCUGGGCUAAAAGGUGAAAAGGGUUAUCCUGGAAUCCCACCGGAACUGCAGGUGGCUUUUAUGGCAUCCAUGGCAACACAUUUUAGCAACAUAAACAGCGGGAUCAUUUUUAGCAGCGUGGAAACGAACGUUGGAAACUUUUUCGAUGUAAUGACUGGUAGAUUUUCAGCCCCCGUAACAGGUGUGUACUUUUUCACAUUUAAUAUGCUGAAGCAUGAAGAAGUUGAGGACGUGUACGUGUACCUUAUGCAUAACGGGAAUACCAUUGUCAGCAUGUACAGCUAUGAAUCCAAAGGGAAGCAGGACACUUCAGGAAACAGCGCCGUCCUAAAACUGUCUAAAGAAGAUGAAGUUUGGCUUCGAAUGGGAACCGGCGCUUUACACGGGGACCAUCAGCGAUACUGCACCUUUUGUGGAUUCCUCCUUUUUGAGACUAAAUGAAAACAGUUGGUUCUAUGAUAACAUUCAGAAUGCGUGAUUCUGUCUUUUUUUAGAAAAAGUAGCCGAAGGUUCUACAGUUGAAUAUUGUGCUCUCUGGCAUGUAUGUAUGGAAAUAAGUCCUGGAGAAUAAAAUUGAAAGUUAUGGAUAUUCA